AUGGUACUACCGUUUAGUUCAGCUAACAACAAUAGCACCAACAACAGCAAUUUUAAAGGUCAAAACAGAUCAACACCUAUUGAUAAAGAGAUUCAUGUUGGUAAAACAGUUAGUAGCAAACAAGAGAGCAAGACAUUAACAUCUGAAAAUAUACAAUUUCUACAGUUGCUUGGCUUUAAGAGUAUCUUCAAACAUGAUCCAUCCAUCCACAACAUUACCAUAAUGUGUGGAAGGACAACAAUAAUAAUAACACAAUAGCAAUAGCAAAACAGUGGAGAGAGAGAGAGAACAAAAGAUAAAUAUAUAAUGUUACUU